GUCAUCACUCACUUGUAACAGACAAUCUGAUUGGUUGGCAUUCCACCCUAUUAUCAAUUGAAAGACCAUUAAACAGAGAUACAGGUAUUUUUCAUUAAACACACUUGGAGGGUACAGGAGUUAAAUUUUUUUAUCCUCGGAUUUAUGACAACAAGAUUUAAAGAUUAUACGUUUAUAAAAACAUGAAAGUGAAUUAACAAGAGAUGUAUGUUACAUUUAGUUUCUGAGGGAAAAUAAAAACCAAUUUAAAUGGAUAACUAAAAGUGAAGACUGAGAAAUUGAAAGUCGUCCAGUGUGGGUAAAGAAUCUCCAUUUCCAUAUAAAUGAUGUGAGGAAUUGCAAAAACAUUUUAAACAUCUUUGGAAAUACUUCUAAAAGACAAUGGCAAUGUGUAGAUAUGUAACAGUAAUAGUAUUAUCAACAGUAUUUGUGUUCAUUAGAGCUGCAGAUAUUACAAUAUUUUAUCAGAUUUUAGAAGAACAAGAACCACCUUUAUAUCUAGGCAAUGUUGCCGAUGCAAGCAAAUUAGCAUCCAUAGCUACAGCUGAUGAGUUUGCCAAUAUGAGAUAUAGCUUUCUGAAAACAGUUGGAACAUAUUUCACAAUAAAUGAAAACAAUGGUGCUCUUUCUACAAAUUCUAAAUUAGACAGAGAAACAAUUUGUCCUUUUCAGAAAAGUUGUCUUCUUCAACUCCGUAUUGGUGCUAGUAGUGGAACUUUCUUCCAGCCGAUAAAUGUUAAUGUAACUUUAAAAGACAUAAAUGAUAACAAACCAGAAUUUAGCCGGUCAUCCAUUGUUUUAAACAUUCCAGAAGAUGCAGACAUUAACACAACAUACCCAGUAAUAGGGGCCGUUGACAAAGAUAUGGGUGAUAACAACUCUUUACAAACGUAUGAACUUUUACCAGAUAGCGGAACUUUCGGUUUAAAGUUUGACCAUAGUUUAUCAGGAAAUAUUGAAGUUUCUAUCCUCCUCAAACAGACAGUAGAUAGAGAGGUGCUGAGCCAUUAUCAAGUUUAUCUGGUGGCAAAAGACGGAGGUUCACCACAAAGAAGUAGUAUGUUGACAAUUAACGUGACUGUUACUGAUAUAAACGACAACAAACCCAUAUUUAGUCGUAAACAAUAUGAUAUCACUGUGCCGGAAGAUAUAUCUGUACCAAAUAAAAUUCUAAACAUCACAGCGGUGGAUCAUGAUGCUGGUUUGAAUGGUGAUGUAGAGUUCACUUUGAUAUCAUCACCCUCAAGUGAUGCACAAACUUUCUUUGCCAUUGAUAAAUCAACAGGUCAGUUGUCGGUCAUAGAACAUCUCUCUCACACAAAGGGGGCACCACUUAGUCUUAUCGUUCAAGCUUCUGAUAAAGGGACACCACCCAAGAGCAGUCAGGUUGCCUUGACAAUUACUGUUACUGAUGUGAACGACAAUCCUCCAGAAAUCAACAUAAAUUUGUUAUCAAGUGGCAGUACAGCUAGAGCAAAUGAGAAUUCUCCUAAUGGAACUGUCGUUGCUUACAUUGGAGUCACAGACAAAGAUACUGGUAACAAUGGUAUUGUUUCUUGUAGUCUCCGUGACAACACAUUUAGACUUUCUAAACUGUCCAGUUCUCAAACAGAAUAUAAAGUGUUGGUUAAUAAAGUUUUAGACAGAGAAAAGGACAUUGAACUUGUUGUAACUGUUGAUUGUCAAGAUUCGGGAAAAGAACCACUUAAAACAACGUCCAGCUUUAUUGUUCAAAUUAUAGAUGAAAAUGAUAACUUCCCCGAAUUUUUAAAAAGUUUUUACAAUGAGUCAAUGGUAGAGAGUGACCAUACAGGGAUCUUCAUAGCAAAAGUUACUGCUUCAGACAAAGACGAGGAAGAGAACGCUCAAGUUCGGUAUUAUGUAGAACAGGGUAAUGCAGACAAGUUUUAUGCUGACCCAAGCACUGGUGUGAUUAGAACCACAGUACCGUUUGAUAGAGAAAUGCAGGAUGUUUAUACAUUUCAAGUUCUAGCUGUGGAUGGAGGACAAACAAAGGCAUUUACCUCAACUGCAACAGUGGAACUUCACAUUCUUGAUGAAAAUGAUGAAACACCACGUUUUAAUCAGACCAGUUAUGAAUUUAAAAUUCAAGAAAAUUUACAAUCAAAGACUUUUGUGGGUACGGUAUAUGCCACUGACAAUGACAUUAGUGAUAAUGGUAAAAUUAAAUAUUCUAUAAAGUCUAGAAACAGAGCAGUACCCUUCCACAUAGAUCCAUCUACAGGAACCAUUCAAACAAAUGGUAUAUUGAACCGAGAGUAUAAAAAUCUAUACACAUUUGAAGUAAAGGCUGAAGAUUUUGGAGCACCAUCUUUAAACUCGACAGUUAACAUACAAGUAAUGGUUCUAGAUAUAAAUGAUAAUUCACCACAGAUUUUGUAUCCAGUGCAGGGAAAUGGCUCCAUUAAAGUCUCACAUUUAACACCAGCAAAUUCUGUUGUCACCAAAGUAGAAGCCUUUGAUCCUGACAAUGGACCAAAUGGAUCUCUCAGUUUUUCAAUCCGGUCACGAAAUGACAAUAAUUUGUUUUUUAUUGAAAGCAAUACUGGAAAGAUUUUUCUCGCACACAGCAUUCAGAGUAGUGAAAUAAAGGAUUAUUUAUUAGUUGUUGAAGUACAGGACCACGGUAUUACUCCGCGGAGUAACAGUACCGAGAUUAAAAUAAGGAUAGAAUUGACAAAAACAUCAGCCUCGUCUGAAGCAAGUAUUGGACAGAAUGUCCUUAUCGUGAUUACAAUAGUUUGUGUAACAAUCGUUUUAUCAUUAGCCAUAAUUGUCAUCAUAUUUCUCAUACGGAGAGUUGACAAUAAUAAAUUAAUGAAAGACUAUCCACCACCAGGGAAGGAAGAAUUUCAGAUUUCAGAAACUAUACACCUUAACACCAAUAAAAAAUCCAUAUUGACAAAAGAGACCAAUUUACCAAAUGGAUAUAAUACUAAUACAUUAAGUGGUGGAGAUAAAAAAGAAGUGAGUUUUUCGUUAGAUGAUCAUAGAGACUCUGGAAUAUUUAUGAUAGCUAAUUCAGAAUCGGGUAGUCCCAAACCACAGCAGUCAUUAAAACAGAUUCAUGAAUCUUCAUCGGAUCCCAACCCUCACGAAGAAGAGCACCAUAGAAUGUCAUCCAUACGUCUUCAUCAGAAAUUACUGAAUUCUUCCUAUAAUAAACCAUUAUUAUAUCACCCUGAUGAUAGACGACAGAUUUGGAGUAAACGCCAUGGUGAAGAUACACGUAGUGAUUUAAGUGAGGAUGUGACGAGUGAUAGUGGCCGUGGUGGCAGUGAGGAGGAUGUCCACCAUCAUCAGAUGUAUCCAAGGAGUGGCAUUGUUAUAUAGAGUAAUGAUUAUUACAGAUUUUUCCUGAAAGCAGUAUUUUAAAAGAUAUGAUACCUCGUAGAGAUUUAUAUGACUUUGAUAUUAUCUAUAUGAUUCCAAGUGUUAGAUACAGAAAGACAAACAGAGCCACUUAUGUACACUGCCACUCAAGGAUUGUAUCCUCACUGUAUGAUGUUUGUUCACAAAUGGUGCUAAAGUCUUCAAAGGGAGUUAAUCCUUCAUGUUAUUGAAGGGGAGAUAACCUGGUGCAUUCCUUGAACAUUGAUCUCACUACAAACUAAGCUGUGAAUUCCAUGUUAUCAAUUCUUGCUAGAAUUUAUCUAGUCUUAUCAUAUGUUUCAUUGUAAAUUAAUCAUUGAUAUAGAAAUCCUGUUAUUUAUGAUAAUGUUAUUUGUUAUUGUUUUAUAUUUUUUUAAAGAUUAAAAAUCUUGAAAUGUAAA